AUGGAGGAACUUGGAAUUAAACCCGCCGUCACUGCAGAGGCAACCUUGAAGCAAAAGCCUGAGCAAGGACCCCUUGCUCACUUGGCUUCAAACGAUCUCUACACCCGCUACAAGAACCUUCAGCGUCACCUUGAGUUUUUACAGUUACAGGAGGAAUACAUCAAGGAUGAGCAAAAGAAUUUAAAGCGAGAGUUGAUCCGUGCACAGGAGGAAGUGAAGAGGAUCCAGUCUGUCCCCUUAGUCAUCGGGCAGUUCUUGGAACCGAUUGAUCAGCACACGGGUAUUGUCUCCUCCACCACAGGCGCUCAACACGUUGUCCGUAUCCUGAGCACGAUCGAUCGUGAAUUGCUCAAACCAUCUUGCUCAGUCGCUCUUCAUCGCCACUCCAAUGCCCUGGUCGAUGUCUUGCCACCCAAUGCAGACUCGAGUGUCGAGAUGUUGGGACAGGAUGAGAAACCCGAUGUGACCUACGCAGAUGUGGGAGGACUGGAUAUGCAGAAGCAGGAGAUUAGAGAAGCUGUGGAAUUACCUCUCACACAUUUCGAUCUCUAUCGUCAGAUCGGUAUCGAUCCUCCACGAGGCGUCUUACUCUAUGGCCCUCCCGGAACAGGUAAAACUAUGUUGGUCAAGGCAGUUGCUCACCAUACCUCAGCAUCAUUCUUCCGUAUGGUUGGAUCAGAAUUUGUGCAAAAGUACCUGGGCGAAGGUCCGAGGAUGGUCAGAGAUGCAUUCAGGAUGGCUCGAGAGAACUCUCCUGCAAUCAUUUUCAUUGAUGAGGUGGAUGCUAUUGCAACUAAGCGUUUCGAUGCACAGACAGGAGCCGAUCGUGAAGUCCAGCGUGUACUGUUAGAGUUGUUGAACCAAAUGGAUGGUUUCGAUCAAGGAUCGAAUGUCAAGGUCAUUAUGGCUACCAACCGUGCCGAUACACUUGAUCCCGCUAUCCUGCGUCCUGGUCGAUUGGAUCGUAAGAUUGAGUUCCCCACACCAGAUCGCCGUCAGAAGCGAUUAAUUUUUGCCACCGUCACUGCCAAGAUGAACCUGUCAGACGAAGUAGAUCUGGAAGACUUCGUGUCGCGACCAGACAAAUUGUCAGGAGCAGAAAUUGCAGCAAUUUGCCAGGAGGCUGGUAUGCUUGCUGUGCGUAAGAACCGUUAUGUUAUUUUGGCCAAGGAUCUAGAGAAGGGUUAUAAGAGUAAUGUCAAGAAGACGGACACUGAUUUUGAAUUUUACAAGUAA